UCCACGCGCCGUCCGAUCCACCCCCCUCCGUCUCGCUCUCCAAUCCCACUCCGCCUCGUGCACUCCCCUCUCGCCGCCACGGCGAAUCCACCGCCGCCGCAGCCGCCGAUCGAGCGGCCGCCGUCGCCCCGCCCGAUGGACUCUACGGAUCCCGGGGAGCCCCCGAACCCCGAGCCUCAGCUCGAGCCCUCCGGAUCGGAGGCCCCUCCGCCCCCCGUCCAUCCCCCGCCUCCCGCCCCUGUUCCUGCCGUCGCUACCGAUCCGGCUCCGGCGGAAGCUGCGGAGCCUUCCCCCAUGCCCGCACCCGCGCCCGCGCCCGCGCCGGCGCCUCCCUCCGCGGUGUGGUCGGCCGUGUCGCUGCCGCCGGCGGAGGCGAACGGGGGCUCCGACAGGAAGAAGAAGAGGAAAGCGGAUGAAGGCGAAGGGUGCAGGACGUGCAGCUGCAAGAAGUCCAGGUGCCUCAAGCUUUAUUGUGUAUGUUUUGCUUCUGGAUCGCAUUGUUCUGAAUUAUGUGGAUGUGAACCAUGUUAUAACAAGCCUAUUCAUGGUGUUCCACGGAACACACCAGCCUUGCCUCUGAAAGUUGUUCAAACAGCUGAGGCUGGUCAAGAUUUAGCGGAACAACUUAUAAGAUCCCCUAUGGACCUUGUUAGAAGAAAAUGCACUUGCAAAAAGUCAGGCUGCCUUAAGAAAUACUGUGACUGCUACCAGGGCGGGGCAGGCUGCUCCAUCAACUGUAGAUGCGAUGACUGUAAAAACCCUUAUGGGAGAAAAGUUGGUGUUAUUUUGGAUGGUAAAAGUAUGCUGCCUUCACCUACACCAAAUGAAAGGAAUGGAACAGAAGCUGACUCAAGUGAUGAUGACGACGACGAAGAUGAUUAUUACAUGAACCGCCCACUCUCACCUAUCCCCCCAUCUCCUGUAUCCAGAGAGUCUUCAUUCCAACAGGAGACUCUUGUGGGUGUUGAAGUCCAUACUAUGAAUGGGCACCUGUACCCGAAGCCGCUUACCCAAGUGAGGCCAGAGUCAUGGCAGCUCUCCAGGAGGCCUACAGAGGAACCUCGGGGAGAGCCAUGGCGCUACUUGAGGAGGCCCAGUGAGGACGGAACAUCUGAUGUUAUGGAAGGACAUGCCGAGCCCAAGUUUCAGAGAGACAACAGCAAUAAACAGCCAGAGAGCCACCUUGACAGGUUCAGCAUUCCACGGUGUAUCGAAGUGAUGAAUGCCAUGGAGGACCUGUCGCCGAUCGAUAAGUCGCUCGCGCCAGACAUCUUCUUGGAUGCAAGCAACCGGGAGAUUUUCCUCUCAUUGAGCGUAGAUCCGGACCAUGUGGCUGAAGCGCAAGAUGAGGAACCUUGUGUAGAGAUAGCACCCCCGCGAUUUUCUUCGGCGUACACCCCAAAUAAGUAUGCGAUGUACUGUAGAUAUUCAUGGUGAGUUAUGUAUUGCUGUAUCUAGUAGUACUAAUUUAUGUGGUGAAGCUACAUUGACUUCCACCCUAUUAGCAACAUAAAUUCAUGAUGAUUUCAGCUAGAAAUGAAGGUGUUUCAUGCUGCUGCCUGCCUGCC